AUGAAAUCAGCCACAGAAGAAGAUGUCUUUGACUUGCAGAUUGGCCUCGGCGAAUCUGAGAUCCCCGCUGAAGACAAGCAUUUCUUCGACACGGCCGGCUACCUAGUGCUAGAGGACCUCCUGAACCCCGACCAAAUUUCGCAGGCGCAGGAUACCCUGUCAAGGAUUAAGGCAACAACACCGAAAAAUAUAACGCUAUUGCCAGAUGGUCUCUAUGGCUGCGAAUUGGUCAACAUCAUUGAAGGUGGGAACACCGUUGAGGAUGCCAUGGCACUGUCUCGUGUCCUCAAUUAUGUGCAGGAAUUCAUUUGGGGACGCCAAUACCGUCUCGUCGGCUCACGGGCAAUACUCAGAACACCGGGGCAGCGUAGCCAGCUUACCCAAGGAGGCGAUGCAGAUCCGAGACGUUAUGCCCGCUACCGUUGCUUUGGAGAUGGUCAAUUUCGUUGUCUGAUGAUUACCUGCCUGAUUGCGUUGAUUGACACCUCCGACGGCGAUGGGGCGUUCUGUGCAAUCCCCGCCAGUCACAAAGCUAGCCUUCCACACCCCUAUGAGCAUACGGAUCUGAACGCAAUUGCGCCGUUGCGCAACAUCUCGUUGCGAGCUGGAUCGGGCGUUUUGUUUACCGAGAACCUCUCUCACGCAUUCCAACCGACAACUCGCGAAGGAGAUGUGUGGUUGUCUUACCAGUACGGUCCCUCGUACAUGGUCAAUUGGCCCCGCUGCGAAGCGUCAACUGACCUGCUAGCGCGUACUGCCGCUGAUCCUACCAAGUCACAUCUGUUGUUAGAACCGUACUACCAUCCCACCGGUUCACAGAAGAAGCAAAAGAUGUAG